AUGCCUGCCGCAGAGCCAAUUGAUAUGUUAAAUAACACGCUACAAGAAAUUGUCUUUAGAACUAAGAAUUCGGAAAGAUUCAAACGACUGGCACGUCACACUCAUUUCGAUGUCAGAGAAGUUGAAGCAUUGGCAAUAAUCCAUCGAAAAUGCGUAGAAAAGUUGGGUCCUAUAAACAGACCAAUAUUUCGUGAUAUCUUUCAAUCGGGUUUAGACUUUACGGAAAAUAUUCGUCACUUACUGAUCGACAGAAUAUUCUCCGCGUUCGAUAAUCGAAAUGCUCUGCAGGUACAUCUCGAUCAAUGGGUCGAAGGUCUUUCAACAUUGCUUCGUGGCAGCUUGGAUGAAAAAAUACGCUACGCUUAUCAAGUGUAUGAUAACCUGAAGACUAACAAACUAAAGAGGGAGCAGAUAUUUCUAUCGAUGCACGGUUGUUUGAUCAAACUGCAGAACGAUGAAAAUCCUGACGAAGCCGUUAAGGACUUGAUAGAUAUGUUGAUGAAGAAGCUUGACGUGGACCGUGACGGAUACAUCUCGGAAGAGGAUUUCAAAGCUGCUGUUAAAGACAAAGAUCAACUCUUAUUGGAAUGCAUGGGACCAGUGUUCCCUUCGAGAGCAGCUCGCCACACCUUUUUAACCACGUUCACCGAUCGUCUAGGAAGAUAUUAA